AAGUAUUUAACAUAAUAUUUAUAUAAUUAAUGCCAAUAUUAACGACGAUUUAAUAACACAGGAGAUCAGGUGUGUGGCGGUGCCGACCGCACAGUCGGACAUACCAUCGCUGGUAAUCAGCGAAUCGCCCGACUUUGACGAGAAUAAGGAGCGCGGAAACUGGUCUAACAGUUUUGAGUUCCUGUUGUCCUGUCUAUCCUAUGCGGUCGGUUUGGGUAAUGUCUGGCGAUUUCCAUAUCUCGUAUACAGGAAUGGCGGCGGGGCGUUUUUCAUUCCGUACACAAUUAUGCUGUUGUUCGUGGGUUUACCGCUGUUUCUACUGGAGCUGGGCUUUGGUCAGUACGCGAGCGAAGGCCCGAUAACCAUAUGGAAAGUGGCGCCACUUUUCCAGGGCUUGGGUUACGCCAUGUUCCUGAUGUCGGGCCUCGUGUCCAUCUACUACAACAUGAUCCUGGCGUGGGGUCUCUUCUAUCUGGUCAGCUCAUUCACCACAUCACUCCCCUGGAGCUCAUGCGACAACUGGUGGAACACCGAUGCGUGCCGUAAGUUUGACACGAAAAACUGUACGGCCCAUAUGGGGACCAUGUUGUUCAACGGCUCGUGUGUGACCAGGGUGUGCCAGUACGUGCAUAAUAGCAGUAGUGUUAUCACUGGUGGUCUGAAUCCGGCCACUUUGAUCCAGAAGGAUAUGAUAACUCUCGGCCAACCCGUCGACUGCGAUAUUCCGGACGAAUCCUGGGAUCUGUUGAGGAGUCAAAACGUGAAGAUGCCAUCCGAUGAAUAUUUCCACAAUUUUGUUUUGGGCAUAACUGAAGGCAUUCACGAUUUGGGUGGCGUUCGGCUGGAGUUGGCUUUCUGUCUGUUCAUCUGUUGGCUCAUUGUCUUCUUAUGUCUGUUCAAAGGCGUCAAAAGUAUGGGUAAAGUGGUCUACUUUACGGCACUGUUUCCCUACUUUGUGCUGACAAUUCUGCUGAUCCGGGGGCUGACCCUUCCCGGCGCCGCUGAGGGUAUCAGAUAUUAUUUGACACCCGAAUGGUAUCGACUCAAAGAGGCACAAGCGGACGCCGCGAUGCAGAUAUUCUUCUCGCUAUCACCAUGUUGGGGUGGUCUGAUCACGCUGGCCAGUUACAAUCGCUUCCACAACAACUUCUUUAGGGACACCAUAUUUAUAUCGGUGGGCAACUGUGGCACGAGUGUGUUCGCCGGCUUUGUCAUCUUCAGUAUCAUCGGCUUUAUGGCCAACGAAAUGGGUGUCAGUGUUAGCCAAGUGGCGGCUCAGGGAGCGGGUCUGGCGUUUGUGGCCUAUCCGGAAGCGGUGUCCCGAUUGCCGAUCUCUCCCCUGUGGGCUAUACUGUUCUUCUUCAUGCUAUUGACGCUGGGUUUGGGCACUCAGUUCACACUAAUCGAGACCGUAGUGACGACGAUAGUGGACACGUGGCCCGACAAGUUCCGGCACCGGAAGCCGUUUGUGUUGGCCUGUACCUGUAUGUUUAUGUUUUUGACCGGGCUAUUGAUUUGCACGAAGGCCGGCAUGUAUAUACUUCAGCUCAUGGACAACCAUUGCGCCAGUUUCUCCGCUCUGAUCAUCGGUUUGGUGGAAGUGGUGGCCAUCGCGUGGGUCUACGGAAUUGAUCGCUUUUUGGACGACAUGAAGAUAAUGUUAGGCCACUAUCCGUUUCACCGGUUAUACUGGCGUACGCUCUGGAAGUUUGUCUGUCCCGGACUUAUUAUCUUUAUAUUAUUCUUCUCGCUCCUGGAGAUGAAACCGGCCUCUUAUGGCGAUUAUGUGUACCCGUGGUGGGCAUCCGUCAUAGGCUGGGGUCUAUCGCUAAUAUCCGUGUCGGCCAUACCGUUGGUCGCCAUCAUGAAAAUCAAUGAACUCCGGGGUCCUAUCAUUCAUCGCAUAAAAGUGUUGAUGCGUCCCACGUCUGACUGGGGUCCUAAACUGCAAUUACAUCGGAUGGAGACCCACAGCCCUAAGCAUACGGACAGUCAGGUGCCGCUCCGAUACGACGCCGACAACGACAGCAACGAUAGCACCGACGACCUGAAGAUCAACGGCAAAGACAACUACAUAAUGGCCGACGAGCCCAGCGAUAGUGACACCGGUUUGCGGUUAAAACUUCCUUUAUAUCACUCCGAGACUGGACUCUAGUAUUCAAUUGAUUUUUUUUCAAUCGGCAAAAAGGGUUGUGGGGUUUGGCGUCUAAUCUAAUAAAUUAGGUCUAAAUUGUGAUUUUAAAAUAUAUAUAAUUAAUGAUUGAACACAUGUUUUAUAAAUAUAUUCAUGUAAUUUGUAUACAGACUUACAGUUAUAAUUAUGAUAUGAGAUAUUGAUUUUGUUGUUUGUCAGUAGUUUUUUC